CACAGCAUCCUCCAGCUCGGUGGCGAAGGCUGGAUAGAGAGCGAGGGUGAAAGGGGUGGCGGAGAGAAACCCCUCUAAUAGAACCGGGAGGAAGCCAGUGAAAACACAGUGUUUCAUGAGGAAACAGUCAAGAUCCGAUGUCCGUGGAGGGUGCUUCAAUUGCACGGUGCACAUGUGAAAGACGCCCACUCGCAGACUGUAAUGCGCGGAAUUUUACGUGGUACCUUGUACUGUGCUCUGUGGUAUGGUAGUAUAGUAGCAGGCUUUUUAUUUAUCGCCUGCCCGCUCUUGCCGUUGUUGUUGCUCAGUCCACCGAGAUUUCGAAAAUGCGGAGAUCUCCUAUUCUCAUGCUGGGAACUGUACCCCACUGCUCUGUUGAAGAUCUUCGGCGUGAAGAUCUACGUGUCUGGCGAUCAUAUAUCUCCUCAUGAAUCGGCCGUGCUCGUGAUGAACCACAGAACGAGGGUGGACUGGAACUUCCUAUGGGCGGCGAUGUAUCAAGCGUGCAUGCCCAGUGUCGGGUGUCAUAAGCUCAAGUUGAUUUUAAAGGAUCCUAUACGGCACAUUCCCGGCCCAGGAUGGAUAAUGCAGAUGAACGGUUUCCUUUAUAUAACGCGACACUGGGAAGAGGAUCAGGGCCGAUUGUCGCGUACGCUCGAUUACCUGGUCGCCUUAGAAAGCCGCACGCAGCUGCUGAUAUUCCCCGAGGGCACCGAUCUGACGGAGAGCAGCAAGGAGAAGUCGGACAAGUAUGCCGUGCAGCAUCAUCUCCCGCUUCACACCUACACUCUCCAUCCGAAAACUACCGGCUUCGCCUACCUGGUCCAGCAUCUACAGCGCGCGAGUUUCCUCGACGCUGUGUACGAUUUGACGAUAGCGUAUCCGGACUACAUACCGCAGUCCGAGGUCGAUCUGAUCAGAGGUAGGUUCCCGAGGGAGGUGCACUUCCACAUAAGGCGGAUAUCGUCCGCGGAUAUACCGGCGCACGACGACUCGACCUUGAGGAGGUGGCUGGAGGACAGGUGGUCCGACAAGGAGGCGAUACUGAAGGGAUUCUACGAGCGGAAGGCGUUCCCCACCCAGAUCUGGCCGAUGGCGAAGACCCUGCCGUUACGAGCCGCAUUCGGCUUCUGGAGCAUAUUGACAGGGAUAACGGUGCUUCUACUCAUCGUUUCUCCGGUCUUCCAGCUGUGGACCCUGUUUCACGCAUUGUUUUUCAUCGGCCUGUCCGUUCUCAACAUGUGCUUCAGCCAGAUUGAGAUAGGAUGGUAUUGGCGCUGGAAAAACUAUUCCUUUUGAACUAAAUGUUAAUUAAUCGAGAAUAUAUUUUUGUUUUCAACGUCACUGUGGAAUCGCGUAGCUCUUUGUCUCUGUGAUAAUAUUGUAUAUAAGGUCGUAAUGUUAGAAGAAGAGAGCAGACGUAAUUUCAACAACCUUGUGCAAUAUGGCAGUUUAAUGUAAUCGUGUCCAAUGAUGGGUAUCCUUCUCUUGAAAGUUUCCAAACAGUUCGAUCAUAUAAAGAGAUCUAAAUGUAAUAAUAUGUGAAUUCGACCGUCGAUAUUUAAUCGCAUAAUAGAAAGGCCUAUGACAGACAUGCUGGAUCUUUGUGCCUAAUAUUUUGCCAAGAUCCACCACGGCCGUCAUAGAUAGGCCUUUCCGUUACGAGAUCUAAAUUGCUCCUAUAUACUAUUCUAUAUUAUUUCGGGAACUCUUGAAAGUCUUGAAAAAUUCAAAGUCUUAAAAACUAAACAUCUGAAACAUUUGUUCUUAGAAAUGGAUGAAAUUUACAAAAACAAAAUUGUUGUUAUAGAUACUUAUUAAAAUCGUUUCUUUUAGAAUGUAAAUCAGAAAGUAGCUUGAAACAAUAACGUAUAGCGUUACAUGGGAAAAGAUAUAUUUUCAGAAUAUACGAGACUUUUGAUACAUUCGAGAUUUUCGAAAUGUUCAAGACUUUCAGAAGUCUUGGCUUCGAAUGACAUCCGAAAUGAUUCGAAGUCAGUUUCACAUUUAACGGGAUGUGAUGUAUCUCGAGUCCGUCAGUUGCAAUAUAAUCGCACUAUUUUAAUACUUUAACGUUUAUAAUGUCUGAUUGUCGUAGCAUUUGAAAAACAUUAGAAGAAUACUUUCUUUAUGUAAUUGUAAUGUACCUGGAAUCUCGUAUAAACUCUAUAUGAAAGAUAAAUUAAUCAUUUGUCUUUUA